CGUCGCCGCACGUGUUUGCCGCCGUCUGCGCGAUGCUACCGCUGCUUCGCUGCGUGCCCCGCGCCCUGGGCCCCGCCGUCGCCGGCCUCCGCGCCGCGGCCCCGGCCCCGCCGCUCCGGCCGCUGCUGCUGCCCGCGCCCCGGCCUUGCGCCCGGCCGUUCGGGCUGCUCAGCGUGCGCGCGGGCUCGGUGCGGCGGCCCGGCCUCCUGCGGGCUCGCGAGCCCUGCUCCUGCGGCUGCGGCGCGCUGCACACGGAGGGAGAUAAAGCCUUUGUGGACUUCCUUACCGACGAGAUUAAGGAGGAGAAGAAAAUCCAGAAGCAUAAAGCCCUUCCCAAGAUGUCUGGAGGCUGGGAGCUGGAGGUGAACGGCACAGAGGCUAAACUCGUGCGCAGAGUGGCCGGGGAGAAGAUUACUGUCACUUUCAACAUUAACAAUAGCAUCCCACCAACCUUUGAUGGUGAGGAGGAGUCCUCACAAGGACAGAAGGCUGAGGAGCAGGAGCCUGAAUUGACAUCAACUCCGAAUUUCGUGGUUGAAGUUAUAAAGAAUGAUGGCAAGAAGGCCCUCGUGCUGGACUGUCACUACCCGGAGGAUGAGGUCGGACAAGAGGAGGAGGCUGAGAGUGACAUUUUCUCCAUCAGGGAAGUUAGCUUUCAGGCUUCCGGCGAGUCUGAGUGGAAGGACACCAAUUACACACUCAACACAGACUCCCUGGACUGGGCCUUGUAUGACCACCUGAUGGAUUUCCUGGCGGAUCGAGGGGUGGACAACACUUUCGCAGACGAGCUGGUGGAGCUCAGCACCGCGCUAGAGCACCAGGAGUACAUAACCUUCCUUGAGGACCUCAAAAGUUUUGUCAAGAGCCAGUAGAGUAGGGACAGCGAGACUUGUCUGGCAGGCUGUGGCCAGUGAACAGAACCUGCUCUGACCCCCAGACACCCGUGCGUUGCGACGGUUACCAUCCCAAUAUCAUGGAAAAUAGCAAAUUUAAAUUAUUACUGUUGCACUCUCAUUUUUUUUCUGUACAAACUUAUUACUUCUAGAUUUUUAUAUAACAUACAAUGAUGGACAAUAAAUUUGGUUUUAUCUCCUCCAAGG